GUUCCUGUCAGCAGGUUUUAGCUCUCACUGACAAACUGUCCAACGGAUUAAAGUGUGUUUUAGUGAGUAAGGUGUUUUUUUUUCUUUUUUGGGAGUGAUAAAUAUCGCGGCGAGACUAUUGGAAUGUAGAUAAAAGGAUAACAUCUCACCUGAGAGACGACUGAAAACUCAGCUCGACGUCUUUUCCAGUUUAGCCACCGAUUCUGAGAGAAAGGAGAGGAGAGAACAGGUCUACAGGUUGCCUGAGUCACAUGGGAACCAAUAUGGGAACAAGAAUCAUCCUGUUGCUACUGGCACUGUGCGUUUGUGGUGUGUCCUGCAUCCUGCGUUCAGCCCCCAGAGUUGCUUUAUCCUUUAAAGAGCUAAUGGACACUCGAACAGUAAGGCCAUUCAGCUUCUCCUUCAACACCAGUGACUACCGAAUUCUCCACAUGGACCAGGACCAGGGACGACUUUACCUGGGCAGCCGCGAGUAUCUUGUGUCCCUGGACAUGCAGAACGUCAACAAGGAACCUCUCAUUAUCCACUGGCCUGCAACAGCUCAAAGAAAAGGGGAGUGUCAGAUGACUGGGAAAGGAACAUAUGGAGAAUGUGCCAACUUUGUACGUUUGAUUGAGCCAUGGAACAGGACUCAUUUGUACACCUGUGGCACAGGAGCUUACAGACCCAUUUGUACCUUUAUCAACAGAGGCUGGAAAGCCGAGGACUACCUCUUCAGGCUGGUCCCUGGAUAUGUGGAUUCAGGAAAGGGCAAAUGCUCCUACGACCCAAACCAUGAAAACGUGGCUGCCCUCAUCAAUGGCAAUCUAUACUCUGGUGUGCAUGUGGACUUUAUGGGCACUGACCCAGCCAUCUUUAGAACUAUGGGAAACAGGCCAGCUAUCAGGACAGAGCAGUAUGACUCUAAGUGGCUUAAUGAGCCGGUGUUUAUUCAAAUAAAGCAGAUUCCAGACAGCUCAGAGAAAAAUGAUGACAAGCUCUACUUCUUCUUCCGGGAGAAGAGUUUGGACUCUGGAGGGACUGCAAGUCCCAGCAUGUUGGCCAGAGUGGGCAGAGUGUGUUUGAAUGAUGAGGGAGGCCAGAAGUUGCUGGUUAACAAGUGGACAACAUUUCUCAAAGCCAGACUUGUGUGCUCUGUAAUGGGUGACGAUGGUGUGGAGACUUUCUUUGAUGAGCUGAGAGAUGUCUUUAUUCAGCCAACCCAGGAUGAACGCAACCCUAUGAUAUAUGCUGUUUUUUCCACUGCAGGGUCUGUGUUUAAGGGAUCGGCUGUGUGUGUGUAUUCUAUGGCUGACAUUCGGAAUGUCUUCAAUGGCCCUUUUGCCCACAAACAAGGACACAAUUACCAGUGGACAAUGUACACCGGGAAGAUUCCCUACCCUCGACCUGGAACUUGUCCAGGAGGCACCUUUACACCAGGUUUGCAUUCCACUAAAGAGUUCUCAGAGGAGGCUGUAAACUUCAUUCGCUUUCACCCACUCAUGUACCACCCAGUGUAUCCUAUACACAAGCGCCCCUUGGUGGUGCGAUCAGGAGUGGACUACCGCUUUACCACAAUUGCUGUGGACCAGGUAGAUGCUGUGGAUGGGAGAUAUGAUGUGUUUUUUCUCGGAACAGAUCGUGGAACAGUGCAGAAAAUUAUAGUACUGCCCAAAGAUCCAACCACCAUGGAAGAGCUGACUUUAGAGGAAGUGGAAGUUUUUAGGACACAAGUGCCUAUUAAGACAAUGAGAAUAUCUGCUAAAAGGCAACAGCUAUAUGUAUCAUCGGAUGCUGGUCUAACCCAGGUGUCUUUACAUCGCUGUGGUGUGUAUGGUAAGGCUUGCUCAGACUGCUGUCUGGCACGAGACCCCUACUGUGCCUGGGAUGGAGAGAACUGUGCUGCCUUUACACAGGCAACUAAAAGGAGAAGCAGAAGGCAGGAUGUUAAACAUGGUGACCCUUUACGUCAAUGCAGAGGCUUCAAUGGUAAAGUUGAGAAAAGACUAAGUGAGACAGUACAGUUCGGCGUGGAGGGUAGCAGUACAUUUUUGGAGUGUGUACCACGAUCUCCUCAGGCUACUGUCAAAUGGCUCUACCAAAAAGAAGGAAGAAGGAAAGUGUUGAACCGAGAGGGAGAAGUCCUGACCACGCCUCAAGGAGUCCUGCUGAAGUCCCUCACCCAAUCAGAUGCUGGUCUCUACCACUGCCUGGCCACUGAGAACAACUUUAAGCACACUCUAGCUCGUGUCUCACUGCGAAUUCUGGAUCGGGACAUCGCAGUGGCACUCACAGUACCUGAUGAGGAGAAUAACAAGGACAGUGGAUAUGAGGAAAUAAAGAUGGAUCAAAAACCUCGUCAGCAUGACGUCCUGCCCAGAAUUGAUGGUGUGCAACCUCUGGAACCUGAAGUGCGAGUGAUCCACCAGUACUGCCAGUCCUACUGGGAACAGCUCACUUCUGCAGGGCAGCAGCAGAUCAAACGGCCAAGCCGCAGACACACAGAAGGUCAUGAGCCAAGUGGAGGUUGAGAAACACCUAGGAAAUGACCUCAUGUCAUGUAUUCCUUCAGUUUGUUCUUUUGUUUAUGUACUGCUGAGAGAGAUUGGGUGAUCACACUACUUCUCAAGAACAUCUGUCUUCUUAACCUUCAAUACGUUUGCUAAUGUACUGCUAAUUUUGAUUUUCUGAAUUCAUUUUAAUGUUUCAUUUUUAUGGCCUUCAUGCUUUUAGACAUAUUGGAUUAAACAUUGCAUUGUUUUAACUGAAUCAUUUAAACUAAUUCACAAGCUCAACUAAAUCAAAUUGUAAAGCACUUGCACAACGUUCGUGUUAUUGGUGUAGACAUUUCUUACAAGUGUAAUAAUAAGGUACAAUCUUAUAAAAUUACACUUAAAAUAAAAUAUAUUAUUUUUACUGUUAGAGGUUAUAGGAUAAAUCAGUAGGUAGUAUUUUCAAAUCCUGGUGACCCAUAAUCCACAGUUUAAAAAAAGCAUUUUCUAGUUAUUGCUUAUACACCGAUCAGCCAUAACAUUAAAACCACCUUCUUGUUUCUACACUCACUGUCCAUUUUAUCAGCUCCACUUACCAUAUAGAAGCACUUUGUAGUUCUAAAAUGACUGACUGUAGUCCAUCUGUUUCUCUACAUACCUUUUUAGCCUGCUUUUACCCUGUUCUUAAAUGGUCAGGACCACCACAGAGCAGGUAUUAUUUAGGUGGAGGAUCAUUCUCAGCACGGCAGUGACACUGACAUGGUGGUGGUGUGUUAGUGUGUGUUGUGCUGGUAUCAGUAGACCAGACACAGCAGCGCUGAUGGAGUUUUUAAAUACUGAGAGUCCACUCACUGUCCACUCUAUUAGACACUCCUACCUAGUUGUACCACCUUGUAGCUGUAAAGUCAGAGACAAUCGCUCAUUUAUUGCUGAUGUUUGAGUUGGUCAUCUUCUAGCCCUUCAUCAGUGGUCACAGGACGCUGCCCACUGGGCUCUGUUGGCUGGAUGUUUUUGGUUGGUGGACUUUUCUUAGUCCAGCAGUGACAGUGAUGUGUUUAAAAACUCCAUUAGCAUUGAUGUGUCGUAUCCACUCAUACCAACUCAUAGAUGAAAAUAUUACAUGUCUUUAGCUAUAAGCCAGAAGCAGACCACCUCAUCCACAGACGCAUAGUAAAGGCUGCAGGUGUUCACUUAAAUAGAGCAAAAGCUACAACUGAUUCCACUUGCUUCCUCAAUUGUUUUCAGUUUUCAAAAUGUCAGUGUUAAAAUGAUUAAUGUUUGGGAUCAAGUUCAGCAUCUUCUUGGCUGGAGUGAAAACCUUUACAUUAAGUCUUGUGUAUAGUAUUUUAGGUUACCCAUGUUGUAAUAUACCUUGACCAGACCUGGUAAUAAUUACUGAUCCUAUAUUCUUUUAGUUGAAUGGCUUGUAACACAUUUUCUAUUAUUUUACCUCUGCAGUCAAGUUUAAGCACCUUACAGUAUGAUUUAUCUGGAGAUUAUUAGUAAAGGAAAAUCUUUUCUGUGUAUGUGUAUCAUUCAGUCUAUGGGCAAGUGCAAUUUUCUGUUUCCUAGUUCUUGGUUGGAAAAUUGCUCCAAAUCUGUCACAAGAACACUCAAUAUCUUUAUGUUUGUGACUCUAGCUGAUUGUUAAUGUGUAUUUAUUUUAUGGCUGUAUUUUAUUCUGACAGACCUUAUCAGUAGAGAAGAUAUCAUGUAAGGGUGGAGGGCAUUUUGCAUGUAUGACAAGAUAUGGUUCUAUUUAUUGAAAUGUAAUUUAAUAACUGACACUGUUUUUGUACAUAGGUUGUUUUGGAAUGUAUAGCUACUAUUGACCCACCAACACCAAUAACACAGGAAUUUAAAGUUACAGCACAAGCACCAACUGUUGUAAUUGGUAUUUUUACAUAGAAUUUGGUCACAUCGUGUUGUUUGUAUGUUCUGUUGUACCUGAAUAUAAGAACUUAAAGGAAAUAAAAGCAUACAGUGUA